CACGUGUUUACAAACGACAAGUGACACAUAGUAGAGGUUAUUUUAGUUUUUGUUUUAAUAAAAAAUAGUACCAAUAUUGUGGGUUAUAUUUUUUCUGUUGUAAAAAAUCGUUGUUUUAUAAUGGGGCGCAGGAAAGCAGGUUUUAGGAAAAACCAUCAAUUUGCAAAUCAAAGAGCAAAUCAAAGCAAUGACGGGAAAGACAACAGGAAACCGUAUUCCGAUAUUAUUAGAGAAAAUGAGAAGUUUGUUAAGUACUACGACACUCAGAAUGUUUGUAAAAAGGAAGAAUUUGACGACUUUAUUGCAAGUUUAAAGAAAGAUUUGCCUGCUACGUUUCGUAUAACGGGGUCUAAAGGAGUAGCUUGUAAAAUGCUGGAAAUUGUUCAAGGCCAGUUUAUUAAAGAUUGUUUAAAUCAAGAGGGUGGUGAAGGUGAGGGUAAACCACCAAGCAUUUUUCCACUACCAUGGUAUCCUGAUAAAUUAGCGUGGCAAUUAGAACUCACUCGCAAUGAUAUCAGACGCUGUGAAGCCUACUACAAACUUCACAAUUUUCUUAUCUCAGAAACCGAACACGGCACGAUUUCGCGUCAAGAAACCGUCAGUAUGAUUCCGCCUUUACUUUUAGAUGUACAACCCCACCACAAAGUUUUAGAUAUGUGCGCCGCCCCUGGCUCAAAAACAGCCCAAAUUUUAGAAAUGUUGCACGCCAAUGACGACCCCAUUCCUUCAGGAUAUGUUAUUGCAAAUGACGUUGAUAACAAAAGGUGCUAUAUGUUGGUACACCAAGCUAAAAGAUUGAAUUCCCCAUGUGUUGCCAUUAUUAACCAUGAUAGUGCUAUUUUACCCAAUUUAUCAGCGUCAUUACCUGAUGGAUCAAUUGAACAAGUUCAGUUUGAUAGGGUUUUGUGUGACGUUCCGUGCUCUGGGGAUGGAACUUUGAGGAAAAAUCCUGAUAUUUGGAUGAAGUGGACCCCAGCAAAUGGGUUAAAUUUGCAUGGUAUUCAGUCCAGAAUUUUGAGAAGAGGGGCUGAAUUAUUGACUACAGGGGGGCGCUUAGUGUAUUCCACGUGUUCUAUUAAUCCAAUAGAGAAUGAAGCUGUUAUUCACAGAUUGCUGUCAGAGACUGAUGGGGCACUUCAGUUAGUUGAUGUUAGUAGUUCAUUACCGGGGUUAAAAUUUAUGCCAGGUAUGGAAAAUUGGCUAGUGGGCAGCAGAAAUUUGGAAUUUUAUUCUUCAUAUGAAGAAGUUGAUGAAAAAUGGAGAACUACAAUAAGACCUCAGAUGUUUCCACCUAAGCCGGAAGAUAAAGAAAAAUACCAAUUAAAUAGGUGUAUGAGAAUUCUCCCCCAUCACCAAAACACAGGCGCCUUUUUCGUCGCCGUCAUAGAAAAAAUCAGACCUCUCCACUCCAAAGAAAAGUCGUUCAAAACACACGAAGUUGCCGAAGAAACAAACGCGAACAAAAAGCGCGAAAACGAGGACAAUUUGCCCCAAAAUCAGCGCAAGAAGCGGCGGAAAGACGGCUACAGGGAAGAUCCGUUUGUGUUUUUCAAAGACGAAGAACCCGUCUGGAACGACAUUAAGUCCUUUUACGAAGUCUCGGACUCGUUCGAUUCUAAGUGUCUUCUGACGCGUUGUCAUUUUGGCAAGAAGAAGAAUAUUUAUUUGACUUCGAACGCGGUCCGAGAUUUGGUGGUCCAAAAUCAGAGUGUUAUCAAGUUUAUUAACACGGGAGUUAAGGCUUUUGUACGCUGUGAUAAUAAAAAUAUGAAGUGUGCCUUCAGGAUUGCCAAUGACGGGUUGGAAAGUAUUUAUCCGUACAUAGGGGAGAGUAGGAAGGUUAAUAUUCCGAAGGAGGAUUUGAUUACUUUGUUGUUGAAUACGAAUCCGGAGAAGUCGCCGCCGAUUGCGUCGUUGAGUGAGGUUAUUCAGAAACAAGUGGAGGGUUUGAGUCCUGGGAGUUGUGUUUUGAUUUAUAAGGAAGAGAUUGAAGGGAGUGAAGAGCCGUUGGUUAUUCAUAUUAGUGGGUGGAGGGGGACGACUUCUUUGAGGUGUUAUAUGGCACAGUAUAGUACAGUGCAUCUUUUGAGGCUGCUGGGUGGAGACAUAUCCAAAUAUGAUGUAAACAAGUUCAAAAAGUCCGACGAAGACGAAGAUAAAACCGAAGAAAAAUCCGAAUCCCAAUAAAAACAACCAGCCUCGGAACAUUGGGAGCACUGAGUGUAGCUUUCCCGGCGUUCGCAUUCCAUUAGUAGGUGUUCCGUCAACAUUGACACUUCCACCACCUGGCUGCACUCUUUACAUCUGACCAGCAUGGGACAGGACCGCCAGUAGUGGGAGUUCAUGGAGUUGCUCACGGCCAGGAUGCUGCUCUCGGAUUGGUUGCAAAAUAUACACUGUCUGCAAAAAUAUACACAAACUAUAUGUAUUAUUAUUAUACGAGUAAUUUGUUAAAUAAUAAUUUAAAUUAAGUUUA